CUGCACCAUGAUUCGAGUCUGCAAAAGAAAACAUAACGUCGGUCUUGGCGGUUGGUAAAGCACGGCUUCCAAUCUUCUUCAAGUGAACAUACUCUGCCGUUUCCCAAGCGUUCCACUUGCGGGCAUCGUCACACAAGGUGCCAUGCCUUCCGUCAGAGGCAGGAGAGGCCUCGUUGCUGCUGCCCUUAAUGUUCCCGUUGAGCAGCAGCAGCAUGAAGAGCAAGAAGUUUCAAAGUCCAAGAGGUCCACUUCGCCUUGCCUCGGAGUCCCCAAGCUCAAGAAGAGGAGAGCCCUGGUCGACAUGACCAAUGCUCACAAAGUCCACAUCAGCUUCCUGGGCAGGAAGAAGAAAAAGAAGAAGCAGCAGGAGGUGAAGAAAACCAGCUCCCCGUCAGAAAAAAGUCAAGCCGAGCAGCGAAGCUCGACGUCUGAGAGCACUGAGGGAAAAUCGUCUGAAAAUGAUGAAGAGGAGAAAGAGGAAGCUGAAGAGGAAGCUGAAGAGCAAGCGGUCUGCCACGUGGAGCAGGACCUUGUUACAUCCGAGGUUCCGGUCGAGUUUGAUGUGGACUCUGAAAACCGCGACGAUUGUUUCAUGAUUCCCGAGUACGCCAAGGACAUUUUUGACUACCUCAAAAGUCGAGAGGAGAAGUUUGUGCUGCAAGAUUACAUGUGCCAGCAGCCCAGCAUCAACGCCGAGAUGCGUGCCAUUCUUGUGGACUGGCUGGUGGAAGUACAGGAGAACUUUGAGCUCUACCACGAGACUCUUUACCUGGCUGUGAAGCUGACUGACCACUUCCUGGCACGGACCCCCAUUCAUCGUGACUCACUGCAGCUAGUGGGCUCUACCGCCAUGCUGCUGGCUUCCAAGUUUGAGGAGCGCGACCCACUUUCCGUGGACAACUUCCUGUACAUUUGUGACGACGCCUACAACAGGGAGCAGUUUCUCCACAUGGAGGCCAGCAUCCUGCAAGCGCUCUCUUUCGACAUCGGCAUCCCCGUUGCCUACCACUUCCUCCGGCGCUACGCCAAGUGCGCCGGCGUGGGUAUGGACACGCUGACACUGGCGCGCUACUUUAGCGAGCUGAGCCUGAUGGACUUUGAGCUGGUGCAGGAGCGAAGCUCGCUGCUGGCAGCCGCCUGCCUGCUUCUUGCUCUGCUCACCAAAGAUCUGCCAGGAUGGCCGCCCGUCCUGCAGUUUCACAGCGGCUACGAAAUUUCCGAAUUGGCCCCCGUCGUCCGGAAGAUUUACUCGAUGGUGGCGCAGCCUACCAGCAGCGAGCUGAAGGUGGUCCGCAGCAAAUACUCCCACGAGGUAUUUUUCCGAGUUGCUUCCCUGCCACUGGUGGACUAUGAUGUCUUGGAGAAGACUUUAGAACCUCAAAGGUUCCCUCUGAUACAGUUGUAAAUAGUUAAUAUGUUAAAUAUUUAUACUCAUUGUUUGUCCCAUUCUAUUGCUGUUGCAAAGUGUUCAGGUUCUUAAAAACAUUUUAGUAUUAAUGUUCAGCCUUUUAAUAAAAAAAAAAAAAAGCUAACUUGGCAAAAGUAAUUUUGUCCAUUACUUUUCUAAUGGCCCGUGUGUAUUAAGGUUUGCCAUUGUUUUAAAAUAAAGAUGUUUCAUACUGU